AUGGAAGAAGAAUGGUUAUCUACACAUUUUGAUUUCGUUAUCAUUACAGUACCCAUUGGACAUUUAAAACAAUUUUCUUCAACAAUGUUCCUCCCUCAACUUCCAAAAAAUAAAUUAAAAAUAAUUGAAGCUAUAGGCUUUGGAAGCAUGGAAAAAGUUUUUCUGGUCUAUGAUAAACCCUUUUGGCCUGAAAAUAUGACUUCAUUAAUAGCUUUGAAUUGUAAUUAUGAAGAGGAGGAGGAGGGAAGGAUUAAAGACAGCCUUAAUACAUUACAACCACAUCCUUGGGCAAAGAAUAGGAUUCUCGUUCUCUGGCUUUCUGGUAAUGGUCCUCGUCUAGUAAAUGCUUUAACCGAUUCAAUGUUAUCCGAUUUAAUAACAAAGCAUCUGAGAGAAGUGUUGCAAGAUAAAAAUAUUCAGCCUCCAGUUAAAAUAAUUCGCACUAAAUGGCUAAAUGAUCAAAACUUUCUUGGUUCAUACACAUAUAUAACACCUCAAUCAAGUUUAAUUUCUGAUGACCCCUUCUCCAUUUUGGCAGAACCAAUUUAUUCAAAAAAGGAUCAAAAAUUAAAAUUAAUGUUUGCUGGAGAAGGGACACAUAGUCAAAUAUUCCAAACAACUAUUGGAGCUUUUGAAAGUGGACAAAGAGAAGCUGAACGAAUAAAAGAAUAUUUGAUUGGAAUUAAUAAAUGUUAA